AACCAUGUCUGGCUUCACAAAAAAUACAAAAAAUAUAGAAGUAGGAGUAAUUAAGUUUGAAAGUGAUAUCUAUUAUAAAGAAACAACAGUUGAACCAGUAGAUACUAUAAUAAAUGAUCAAUAUACAUUUUAUGAAAAUAGUGAAUUAGUGCUUAUAAGAAAGCGAUCUGAAAUAACCGAUAAUUCUAUUGUAAAUAGAAAAAGGGUAUCUGAAAAUGAUAGUAAAGAGGACCAGAUAUCUGAAAUAAUUGAGUUAUCAAGUGACGAAGAGGACAAGAUACUUGAAAUAAUUGAGAUAUCAAAGUGA